GUUGUUCUCUGCUGGAUUCCAAUUGGGCAACCACUGUAUCUCGUUCCUGCUUCACACUGUCUUUCUUUCAAUCUAGGUGCCAGCUUUUGGAGCUGCCCUGGGAGGAUGUGCUGGUUCCUCAUGUCCUGUGCCACCUCCCGCUGUGCCAGCUGGUCUGCCUGCAACGGGUUAGCAAACAGUUCCACACCUUGAUCCAGCUUUACUUGGCAAACUACCACACUCUGGACACCUCGCAGGUCGGGACUGCCAUCCCUCAACACGCUUUCUGCAAAAUACUGAAAGACAACACGGUACUUCACCACCUGAUGGUAGGGAGCUGCUCUGAUUGGCUGACGGAUAGUGAGCUCUUGCCGGUGAUUGGUCAAAAUCAUCACCUGGAGAAGGUUGACAUCACAGGCUGCCGAGGUCUGAGCCGACGGUCUCUGGUCGCCUUGUCCCUGAGCUGCCCCAACCUGCAGCACCUUUCCCUCAGGCAGUGCGACUGGGUGGAUCCCCUCUCCCUGCGGAGUCUGGCUGAUCGCUGCUGCCAGCUUCUGUCAGUUGACCUGACCGCCUGCAAGCAGCUGAACGAUGAAGCCGUCUGUUACCUUGUCCGGAAGUGUCGAAAGAUCAGGUCGCUGUCUCUAGCGGUCAACGCAAACCUCAGUGAUAUCUCGGUGCAGGAGGUGGCGAAACAGUGCAGUGAGCUAGAACACCUUGAUCUGACUGGCUGUCUCCGCCUUAGGAAUGAGUGCAUGAGGACAGUUGCAGAAUAUUGCACGAAACUCCACUCACUGAAAGUGAACCAUUGUCAUAACAUCACUGAAAGGAGUUUAGAAGUUUUGCGCAAGAGAGGAGUGGACAUUGACGUGCAGCCACCGCUCCAGCGAGCACUUGUCCUUCUGCAGGAUGUUGUGGGUGUUGCUCCAUUUAUCAAUCUUCAGAUCUAAACUAUUCAGCUGAACUGGUUCCCCUUCCCCCUAAACACAUACAUGCACUCAAAACUCAUAGUGGUUACGUAAACUUCAAUUAAAGUAGAUGGUAUAAUAUUUCAGCAGUGAACUGCUAAUCCUUUGUCAAAUGUUGCAGUAUCACCAUUGCAAUAACUCAUUGCUCAGUGUGAUAUUGGAUGGAAUCGACACCAGUUACUGACACCUUGUUCAGGUGUGGGUUGCUGUGGUGUAGAGUCAUUGAGACUACAUUCCUUUGUAAAUGAUUUUUGGUACUGUAUAUUGUGUGUGGCUAUGUGGACUGCGAUGGUAUUACUUCUGUUUACAGACUGAACAUUAACAGUGAAUCAACGGUCCUGUCUAUCUGACUCAUCUAAAAAGGUCCAAGUAUUUAUUCUAUUUAAGAGGUUAUUCUUAAAAGAGGUUAUGUGAUCUGCAAGGUAACAGGUGGAGUAUUUAUAGAUAGUACAGUAUAGCUGAUGACUAGUAAUAAUAGUCAAUGGAAGGCAUAGCAACAGAGGUAUGUGAAAGUGACUGUGUUAAUUUGAAGCAGAGUUAAUAAAUUUAUUUAUCAAAAUUACUGAUGCGACGGGUAAGGUUAGAAAGGGGGCCUGAGUAAACUCAGGACCAAGUGCAUUUAUUACAUCCUGCAAAAAGACAGGUUUACAUCUUAACAUGUUUCACCUGCAGCGAGUGUUCAAAAUCAUUUAAGGUUGGAUUUUUGGCUGGGAUAAAAAAAGGUGGUGGCAAAUGGUUGGACACGUUCAAGGAAGAACCACAGGCUACCCUUGAGGACAGUUUGGAGAGGGACUGGAUGUCCACAGUGAAAAGUUGAUGGGGAUUGGAGACUUUCAAAUCAUGCAAGUGGCAGAGGAGACACACACAUAGAUGUGUAAACCCUGCACAAUAGAGGAUGCAAGAGUUGAGACACCAGCGAAUUCGUCAGGGGGACAGGAGCAUCCUGGAACAAUUGAAACAAGAUUAUUUUUUGUAUCUUGGAGUGAAGUUAGAAGUGAGCUGUGCCUGGCUUUAGAACUCACACUUAAGCCAGAAAAUUCCCUACUGUUAAUAGCUUGGGAAAUAAUUUGGUAGUGAAGUUAUGGUCAUAGAGUUGGUCUCACUGAUUUUCUUGGAACAGACAGUUGAGCUUCAAGAUCCACUUGUAGCAAUACCCCAUCUACCAGCACAGUGGUUAGCACUGCUGCCUCACAGCACCAAAGACCCAGGUUCAAUUCCAGCCUCAGGCAACUGUCGGUGUGGAGUUUGCACAUUCUGUGUGGGUUUCCUCCUACAGUCCAAAGAUGUGCAGGUUAGGUUGAUUGGCCUGUUUCUGCACUGUAGGGAUUCUAUUCUAUCUACCUUUUCACAAAGUUAUCUUGAUCCCCCUCUUUAUACUGUGAAUUUGGGUCUUAAAUUCACCUUCUUCAGGAACUAUUUCACUGUCUACACUUUUAAAAUUUGGAAAGGCAAUCAACUUACCCCACACUAGUUUAAGUCUUUAAUAACUGAUCCCUAAUAGUAGCAUGUUGGAUUUACAUGAUGCUUCCUGUUAGGAGUAGGCCUUUCAAUUUGGUGAUGGCUGAUCAGUUAACACUGAUUCCAUAAUAGGUGGCACAGAACCACCCACAGCAUUUCCAACAUUGGCCAUAGUUCCAGAGUGGCCCAAAUAAAGCACCAAGCAACUCUGAGCUCCAGGUAAUUCCUAUUCUUUGCAGCCAUUUGUAACCAUUUUUGAUGUCAGCUCUAAAAGGCAUCCCCAGGAUCAGACUAAGGAGGGGGCUGCUAUUUGAUGCAUUGCACACAUGCCAGUCCCUGUGAUUUACCGCUUAAAGGGAGACAUAAAACACACUAACUACAAGAUGUAACCUAUCCCACCUCCUAUGCACCUUCCCCGAGACUCGGCAAAGCUGUCCUUUGAGUAAGUAUAUAUUAUACUUUUGAACGUGGUGAUUGAAUCUGCUUCCAGCACUCUUUCAGGCAGCACAUUCCAGAUCAUAACUCGUGUAAGAAGAAAAGAAAUUUCUCAAUAUCUCCUCUGUUUCUUUUGGCUAAUUACCUUAAAUCAGUUAAAGGCAAGUUACUGUGAAUGCUGGAGAAACUCAAGAGGUUUAGCACUGUCUGUGGAGAGAGAAAAACAGUUAAUGUUUUGAGUCUGGUAUUACUAUUCAUAAAGAGUCACGUUAGCCUCAGUAGACAGAGAUACUGCUCGACUUGAAUUUCUCUAGCAUUUUCUGUAUUUGUAUUUAAGUCAGUAUACUCUUAUUACUAAUGAUCCUGCCAGUAGAAACAAGUUUUUUAUUUACUCUUUGAAACCCUCUCAACCUUAAAUAUCCUGUAAAUUUCCCCUAAUCUUAUCUGCCUGGCGAAUGUCAGCUUCUCUAGUCAAGUUCAGUAGUCAGUAUCAUUUCUGAUACUGUUCCUUUGCCUCAUCUGAGAAGACUGAUAGAUGUACAUACAAUGAUGUUGACAUGAAUAUUUUUAGCGUUAAGGAAUUUAUUGUAAAGCUAUUUUAGAACUGAAAUGCACAAAUGUAUGCUUUUUUAAAAAACAUAUCAUAAGAAGGCUGUGGAUCCAUGCCCCAUUCCAGUACUUUGAGACAUAAUCAAAGCUGAAACUACUAUGCAGCAUUGAAGGCAAGCUAAACAGUUAGUUAUAUGGUUUUCAGAUGGGCCAUGAAAGAUUACAGAUGUUCUCUCUGAUAUCCUGACUAAUGUUUCCAAAAGGCUGGAGAUCCUGACCAACUUUCAGUCCUGGUCACUGCUGUCUAUGAACACUGUGCACAAAUUGGCUGCCUUUGUUUGCCAAUAAAUAGCUGAUGCAAAAGAAA